AUGGCCCCGUCGAUGGAAAUAAACAGCAAUGAAUUUUUCAAAAUCAAUCGAACUUGUUGGAAGCUCUUGGGCUUGGGAAUGUUAAUGGUCGAAGGCCACAAGACCAAUGGCCAACGCAAAAUGAGCACAAACCUUUAUAUGGUCUGGGCAAUUGUGAUUAACCUGAUGGCCACAUGCUGCUUUCCCAUCCAUCUGUUCCUCGGCAUCUUCGAGAGUGAAAACAAAACGUCAUUCUUCGAUAGCAUUUCCAUAACCAUUACCAGCAUUGGAGCAUCCACGAAAUUGUUAAUAAUUGCAAUUAAAAUGAAGAAGAUACUCGAAAUGCAAUCGCUUCUCAGGACUUUAGACGCUCGCAUUACACAUCACGAGGAGGUGCGCCAUUUCCGCCAGGAUAUUCGUUCGAGGAUUAUGAAUAUUCAACGGCUUUAUUUUGUGGUCUAUUGUGGUGUUGGUAUCUCGGUGCUCGGUGCAUUCCUCUUCAGCAAGGAACAACGUCUAUUCUAUUCGGGAUGGUUUCCGUUCGAUUGGCGCUCAUCGCUGGGGAAUUAUGCGGCGGCCAUUUCCUAUCAAUGCAUACCGAUUUUCUUUCAAAUGAUGCAGACAUUUUGUAAUGAUAGCUUUUCACCCAUAGCGUUGUGUGUUCUCUCCGCUCACAUUGAAUUGCUAUAUAUGAGGGUGGUUAGAAUUGGCCAGGAUAAGAAUGGAAAAAUGAGGGAAACAACGACGCUACAAGAAGAUGAGGAGGAACUCAAUCGUUGUGUCCUGGAUCAAAUGAAUUUGUAUGAACUCUACAACACCAUGCAGAAUAUCAUAUCCUGGGCCAUGUUCAUACAGUUUUUUGUAUCGGUGGUGAAUAACUGUGUUGCCAUUGUCGCCCUGCUGUUUUUUGUUACCGAUGUAUUCGAACGCAUCUAUUAUGUCAUCUAUAUCCUUGCAAUGGGUAUCCAGCUAUUUCCCACCUGCUAUUAUGGCAGCGACUUUGUGUUGCUCUUUGAGAAACUGCACUAUGCCGUCUUCUCGUGCAAUUGGAUUGGACAAUCGAAGAGUUUUAAGCGGCACAUGAUGAUAUUUACAGAGCGCUCCCUGCGUGAGACCGUAGCCCUGGCCGGUGGCAUCUUUCCCAUACAUUUGGACACGUUCUUUGGCACCUGUAAGGCCACCUACUCACUGUUUGCCGUCGUAAUGACAAUGAAGUGA